GACGGAUAUUUGUUCAGCCUGUGGGAGAUAAGAAGGGAAAUUGAAUCACCUGGAAGGUGACAGAAACAGAACUGUUGGCUCCACUACAGAUCAAGGCUCCAAGACUAUGGGACUCCAGCUCCUGCUCUGGCUCCUUGGAGCAGGCCUCACCCUUCGGACCCAGGCCCUGGUCUGUAAGAGAGGCUUCCUGACUCACGCGGAUACCGCAGACGCCUUCCCCAUCUCCUGGACCGUCAGGCUGAAUGAGACCUGUGAGCCCGGGCAAGUCUGUCAGGAGACCCUGAUCCUCCUGCAGUCAGGCAACAAAGUAGCCAUAGCCCAGAGUCAGGGCUGUACCGGGGCCCAAGCCCAAGCCCAAGGCUCGGAAUCUCAGGACAUCCAGCACAGAGCGCCCCCUGGCGUGACCAUCGCCUCCUACACCAGGGUUUGCCACUCAGACCUCUGCAAUGACCUCAGCAACUCUGUUCCCUUGUGGACUCCGACGCCCACAGAAGCCCCAGCCCCGGGGGGCUUGCAGUGUCCGGUCUGUUUGGCCUUCCACUCCUGCCCCUCCAAUGCUCCCCUGGUCACCUGCCCCUCGGGCACAACUCACUGCUACAGUGGAACCAUCCGGCUCUCUGGAGGAGGACUCUCUCAUCCUCUGAGGGUUCAGGGCUGUGUUCCCCAUGAUGGCUGCCAGUUGCUCAAUGGAACAAAGGCAAUUGGACCCAUUACUCUGACGGAGCGGUGUGAGAGUGGAGGGAGCCAGAGCACCAGGGCCCUGGCCUGUUUCAAGGGGAAUCUCUUUACCCUAAACGACAGAUCGGAUCUGCCGCUCUCCUGGACAGCUAACCUCAAUGUGACCUGUCAGUCUGGGGAAGGAUGUCAGGACACUCUGAUCCUGAUACAGUCCGGGGACAGAGUGAUGACGGCUGUCACUAAAGGCUGCAAGAGAAGCCCGAGCCAGGAGCCCCUGACCACGGAGCACCAGGGCCCCCCGGGCAUAACCAUCGCCUCCUAUACCCACGUCUGCCACUCGGACCUUUGCAACGACCUCGACUCCAACGUCCCCUUGUGGGACGACUCCGUGCUCCCAGACUUGCCAGGGUCGGGGGACCUGCGGUGCCCGGUCUGUCUCUCUGGCCGGUCUUGUCCUUCAAACUCUCCUCUGGUCACCUGCCCCUUGGGCACGAGUCACUGCUACAGUGGGACCUUCCAACUCGUGGGAGGCGGGCUCGCCAACACUCUGAAUGUCCAGGGCUGUGCUUCUCGGGACGGCUGCCAGGUGCCCGGCGGGGCCAAAGCCAUCGGGCCUGUCCUCCUGAAGGAGACCUGCAAGAAUCCAAAGACCCAAGGCCUUGGGCCUCAAACCACUCCAGGGUCUAGGGCCUUAACUUGCUACCACGGAACGGAAUUACAAAUGGGAGAGAAUCUGGCAAAGGAGCACCAGGACCUGAGCACCGACAACAUCGUCACCUGUGGGGCCGGGGAGCUGUGCCAGGAGACUGUGCUGUUCAUAGAGUCAGGGUCCCGGGGCAUCAUUGUAAGCAGUAAGGGGUGCACAGCGCCUGGGAGCAUGUCCCCCGGGACCACCAGAUUUGGGUCUCCGAGAAUGACCGUCCUCUCGUACUCCCGGGUCUGCGCCUCCAGCCUGUGUAAUGACAUCAGCAGCAUGGCCUCCAUCCUGACGCCGGCUCCCACAGUUGCCUCUUCGUCUGGAGGUUCCCUGUGUCUAGCCUGUGUGGGCUUGGGAAGCUCCUGUGUAGGCGGCACCUCUGUCGUUUGCCCGCACACCUCCCGCUGUUACGAUGGAUACUUCCAGCUCAAUGGAGGAGGAAUCUCGAGUCCUGUGACCGUCCAGGGCUGUGGUCCCAGGAAGGCCCGAGGCUGCCGGCUGCUCGGGAAUACCAAGGCUUUGGGGGCCAUCGCAGUGACUGAGCACUGCGAUGGAGACGAGGACGAGAACGGGGUUUCUGCCGUCUCGGGGCCCGCCUGGGGGAUGGCAGCCGGGCUGCUCCUGGCCCUGUGGGGGUGCCUCCCCCAGCUCUGAUGGCCGCCCGCCCUCCUGUGACCCUUCAGGAUCUCGAACCCUCCACCCGCUGUUGGAGGAGGAUGAACACACACGGCCUCCCCUCGCCCCGUGCACCCAUGGCGGCCUCUAGGAGGGGCUGGCAGGGAGUGUGUGGACGUCCUCCCUGAGACUCGAGAAUAAAAUGCCCUUCGUCCA